GUCGCCGACCGCCUCAUCAAUCGUUCCUCCCUUUUCUGGAUAAGAUAAUCAAUAUUUUUCUCAAUUUUCGUUACUACGUAUUCAGCAAUAUAUAUCUCCAGAUUCGUUCCCCGUUGUACUCUUUUUUUCCAAAUUUCAUUCGCACAUAAAAUGGCUUCCAGACGAAUCGAUCCGAAACAAAAGGAAUCCUAUUCGGCAGUCAAAUAUGUUCAGGUUGAAGGAUUGGUAAGUGUUGUACUUUAUUAAAAUCGUUUACGAACAACCUUGUGUAAAUUAUAAAAAUACACAUUAAACAUUUUACACUUUAGGCAUUAAUGAAAAUCGCAAAACAUUGUCAUGAAGAAUGUGCCAGUGAUGUAAUCAUUGCCCAAGGAGCACUUCUGGGUCUGGUUGUUGAUGAUUGUCUUGAAAUCACCAAUUGUUUCGCGUUUCCAAAGAGCGUUGAUGAAUCUAUCAAUGAUGGUGAAUUUUUAUUUAACCGUUAUUGUACUAUAAUAUAGACUAGAUGUCUACAAACUUUUUUGUUACCAAAAUAAUUUAGCACAAAAUGAUUUGGUAUAUAUUUGGUUUCAUUUAUACAAAAACGUGCUGUUAUAAUAUUAUAUUUCAUAUAGUUUUUUUUGGGAGCGAAUGCAGUUUAGCUCCCAGUUUAACUUCAUUUGGAAAUUAUGAUCAAAAAACUUUAAAAUGCUCGAUUUUUCUAAAAAUCGUGGUUUGAGUUUAAAUUACCAAAGAUUUAUAUUUUUAAGUUUUUUUUUUUAGAAAUGAUAUUAAUUAUAUGCUUAACAUUUUUGUGGUUUAUUAACAAUAACAUAAAAAGCAAGUACAAUAGGUGAAUUUUUAUUUAACCAAAAUAUUAAACAUAUAAUUACUACCAUUUCUGAAAAAAAAAUUCAAAAAUAUUAAUUUUUUGAAAGUACCAUCAAAUUAAGCAUGUAAAAACACACAUUUUAGAAAAUCCAAAAAUUCGCUUGGGAGCUAAACUGCAUUUAUGCCUUUCUUUGAUAUUCAUUAAAUAAUAUAAUCAUUAUUUAUUAUUAGACUUAAUAAUUAAAAUUUUUGUUUGUUUCAUAGAAAAAUAUCAAUUAGAUAUGAUGAAAAGUCUUCGUCAAGUCAAUGUUGAUCAUUAUCAUGUUGGAUGGUAUCAAAGUUCUGACGUUGGAAACUUCUUGAGCUUGCCAUUGCUGGAAUCGCAAUUUCAUUAUCAGACCAGCAUUGAAGAAUCUGUGGUUUUAAUUUUCGGUAUGUAUUUGUUUUGUACAUAAAUUUGAUUGCUGUAGGUAUUUAAAAUUAAACUAAUACUGCUAAUUUAAUAAUGAGACAAAAUGUCUAUUGAUGUAUAAACAGAUUAUAAAAAGGUAAUUUAUUUUUUAAGUCAUUACUAUUUAAUUUUGUACAAUUUGUAUUAUAUUUAAUUAAUAUUCUAGAGCUUUUAGAUUCUGACUGGAGCAAGGAAUGUAUUGGUUUUACAGUGAUGUUUAUUUUUUUUUUCUGUGGGCAACUUUUAGCAAUUUUACUCCAAUUUUCAAGUGUAACACUUUUUGAAAGAAAAUCUGACUGGAGUGAUACUUUGGGGAAGGGACAUCCUCAGAAGAGAGCAAAUGAGGCAGUCACCCUCCCCCCCCUUACAUGGCCUUUUUUUUCUUCAGUUUUUUUGUAAUUUAUAUUACACUAGAAAAAUACAUAAAAGUACAUUGUAAAAUCAUGUGAUAUCCCAUAUUAGAUGCAAAAAAAAAAGAAUGUUAUUAGAAUUAAUAACUAAAUUAAUAAUUUAAAGUUUACUUCUUUAUUACAGAAAUUGAAAUUCCUCAAGAUGUAUUUUUAGUGCCAUUGAGGAAUGUGAUUUAGUAUUUUUUCCCUUAAUUAAAAAACUUUUGUUUAUAUUGGGAUCUUAAUCAGAUAGUAUUGCAGAACAUUGGUUAUAUUUGCUAUUUGAUCAUAAAUUAGCACCUAAAUAAUUUUUACUAGAUUAUCAAAAAGGCAUUAACAAUCAAUUGAUAUAGGAAAGGAAAGAUAAAUAAUAGAUUUAAGAAAAGUUUUGAAAGAAAUGUAUGGUUUAUACUGUAUACUUAGUAAAAUUUUGCAUUAUGGUAAAAAAAUAUUCAAUUUUUAUAAUUAUUUUCAUUAUGUCUACCUAUGUAUUGCUUUUUAAUGCAAAUUAAUAACUGGUUAUUGAUAAUAAUUAAUACAAUUUGUCUCUUUUAUUGUUAUAAAAGUUUUAGUUUAAGUGCUGUAGUUUAAUAAAGCAAUUCAAAAAUAUGUUAUUUAUUGAACUAAACAGACAUUUUACUUAUUAAUUAUUAUGUAAAAUAAUUGGAUAAUGUAUAAUACCUACUGGGUAUUACAUAUAAUAACUAAAUUUAUUAAACUAACUACACAGAAACAUAUUCAUCAUAAACUGCAAAUACCUAUAUAGAUUAUAGAUACAGACAGAUUCAUUCAACACACAACAUUCAUUAUUUUGAAUAUUAUUCACUUUUUUUGUAAUUUACUUUUGACAAAUUAUUUAAAAUCUUACAUUUUUUAGUGGUUUGAUAUUUUCAGUCUCUGGAUUUACCCUAAAUAAAUAUCAUCUUUUGGUUUUCAAAUGAAAAACCAUUUAUUUUAUUUAUUUUAUAAAUUCAAUUUUGAUUUAUAAGAAAAAUAUCCUAAUACAUUUCUUAUAUAUUUGAAAUCAUUUCCCAAAAAAGAAUUCCAAAUAAAGUUAAUACUUUUCUUAAUAAUAAAAAUAAAUAUUUUAACCCUGUAUACUUAUAUUUUUUAAGCUUUUGUACAUAGUUUAGUUUUUGCUUUAUAAUUAUUUCCUUGAUUUUCAAUACUUAUUAGAUUAAAAACUUUGUUGAGAAAUCAAAUGGGACGAAUACAUUUGACUGGUUUCUCGUUUUUUGAAUAAUAAUAUUCCAUUAAAUACUAAUAACAUAAUUAAUCACUUUGCCAAAUUAAAACACAAAGUCAAUUUCAAUCUUUAAUCAAUUAAAUAAUAUUCAAAUUCGACAAAUUUAUUGUAACACUAAAUGAGAUGUAAAUAAAUACCUAUAAUAAUUGUAAAUUGUUUUUUCUCACUUUAUGACAUAAUUAUUAAUAUAUAGACAAAUAUUUUAAAUACUAUGAUUAUGUUAAUAAAUAACUCGAUUUCUUCCUAGAAACCGUAAUUUUAAACAUUUUAUUAUUAUUUCACUGUUUUUUAAAUCUAUAACCAUGCCUAUGUCAUAUAUGACAUUACACACCCCGAGUAAAACCACGUAAACUAUCUAUUAAUUAAUGUGUUUAUAUAUAUAUAUAUAUUUAUAAUGCAUGAAGUUUGUCCCCCCUAUAAGGGGGUCUAGGGAUGCCAAUGUUUUGGGGUGGUCAUUUUCCUAGGGAUGUUCAUAAUAAGUAGUAAAAACUUAGGAAAAACUGAAAAAUAUACAAAAUGUAUUAUUUUCAAAUAAUGUUAAGGCCUUUUAAAACAUAUAUAACUGAAUUCCACCCAAAAUCGUUUUUUGUUAACCUAACCAACCUGUCACCUACAACAGUAGCCCAACCGAAGUGUGUUAGUAUUUUCUUUUUUUAUACUGUUAUCAUUUAAUCACCUUUGGGUAGCUUGACACUGCUUUCUGCACUCUCGAAAUAUUUAAUUUUCAACUGUAAUGAAUGCUCAAUAGUAAUUUAAAAACCAUUCCUUUGUAACAAAUUAAUUAAGGUAAAUAGAAGUUAACAGGAUUUUUCCUAUGGUUCUAUACAAUUUAUUCUCAUCAAAAACAUCUAUACAGUGUAACAAAUAAAACACAUUUGCUUUUAUUUAGAUUAUUAAUAAUUUAUUACAUUGUUUUUGUCAUAAUUUAAGAAUUCAAAACACAUACAUAAUUUUUUAUUUUUGUGGUACUGACAUUCACCACUAUGCAAAAUUAAAAAUAAUUUUAUAUUUGUAAUGUGAAAUCAUUAUACAAUAAAUAGUUCAUCACCUGGGCAUCAACAUUAUUGCUGACUGCGUCCGAAAUAAUCACAGUCCAAUGCAAUUCAUUAUAAUUGAAUAAUAAUUAUUAUUAUGUCUGCAUAAUUUUUUAAAUACCAUAAUAUAAUAUGAAUUAAUAUUAUUUUACUUUUUAGAUGCUCCCAAGACAAAUCGUGGAUUUUUGUCUUUAAGCGCUUAUCGUCUUACACCGCAAGCUUUGACUAUGUUCAAAGAAAAUGAUUUUAUGCCAGAAACAUUAAAAGCCUUAAAAGUUGGUUAUGAUCAUCUAUUGGUUAAAGUACCAGUUGUUAUCAAAAAUUCAACAUUGACUAAUAUUCUUCUCUCAGAGUUGAGUUUUAAAAUUAAGAUCGAGGAAGGAUCUGAACAUUUGGAUAUUGGUACUGCGUAAGUAACCUGACAUUAUAUUUGUAUGUAUGAAUUUAUUGCCAAACUGGAAAAAUAAAUGAGUAAUAGGUUCAGGGUGUUUGGAUUGUAUGUAUGUUUCAAUUUUCCAUUUGAAUUACUGAGCCCUUUUUCUGAAAGGAAAUUUAAUUUGAGUGGUACUAUAAGGAGGCCAUUUUUUGAUUUUCCCACUGGUUUUCAUAAUAAAUGAGAAAAAAUUUAGGAAAAACGAGAAAAUUUACUAAAUGUGUUAUUUAAAAAUUCCAAAUAUUAUGGUUUUUCAAAACAUAUAUAACCGAGCUUUUCUCAGAAUCAGUUUUAGUUAGCAAUAGUUAAUCAUUAGAUACAGAUAUACAUUAAAUUUCCCAACUUCUCACCUACAACAGUGGCCCACCCAUUGUGCAAAGUGUGUUAGAUUUUUUUUUUAAUACCUAAUAUUACAUUUGAACAUUAGAAGACACCUAAUUACUACAUGGUUGAAUUGUUAUUGUUCUUAAUUUAAAGAAUAUAUUGUUACAUUAUAGUACCGUUUUGGAAGGACAGUUACGUAAUUUAAUGGACCGUGUAGAUGAUCUAAAUCAAGAAGCCAUUAAAUUCAAUCGUUAUCAACAAGCAGUUGUACGCCAAGUUACAGAUAAGAGUCGUUACUUGCAGAAACGAGUAAUACAUUUUUUAAAGUAUUUAUGAUUGAACAAAUAUGAUUUUAACCAUUUGGUUUUUUUUUCUAUUUAUAGAGUUUAGAAAACCAAGCAAGAGCCGCUAAAGAUGAACCACCAUUACCUGAAGAUGAUAUUACCAAGAUAUUCAGACCAUUGCCAGUACCACCAAGGUUACCACCUAUGCUUAUAGCUACACAAGUUGAUACAUAUGCUGCAGAAAUAGCUAAAUUCUCCACUCAAUCUUUGGCUAAAUUAUAUAUGACCAAAGCAAUGAACACAAAUAAUUAAAUAUGAAAAUAAAAAAAUGUUUAAUAUUCUGAAAAGGAGUUUUUUUAUAAAUAUAUGUUUAAAUAAUGAUACUUUAAAGCAAUCAAUCAUUUAGUUACAUACAACUGAACUCACAUUCAUUAAACUAAUAUUAUAUAUGUAUUAAUUAAUUUUUUUUUAUUUUUUUUAUCUAUUUUGCUUUGAAUAUUUUUGGUUUUUAAGAAUUAUGAUUUUGUUAUUUAGAAUUUGUCU